AUGUCUCAAUCGAAGGACGACUCUCAAAAACCACCAUCCUCUUCAUCGCAAGAUGAUGAUAGUCAAAAUCACAAUGAUAUUCAAAAAUCAACAACAACAACAACCAAUAUCAACAACCAAUCAAUCACUACUCUAACAGAGAGUCAGAUGAAGGCAAUUCAAGCCAUACAAACAAUGCCUCCCGGAAGUAUUCAAUCCAUCUUUGCAGUCAUGAUUGCUGGUGAAGUAAUAGCUUCUCGCCUCUUUCUUCACCCGUUCGAUCGUGUUUUAACAAUUCUGCAAACUCAACAUUCAUUGCCAUCGGCUUACAAGAGCCUCGUAUCUCAAGCAACGUUUUCUGCAUCGGGAGAGGAAAUUGCGAGGGGUUCUGUGGCUCCAUUUAGAGGAGCCAUGGAUGCCAUCAAACAACUGCCUAAAGAUCGAACUCUGUGGAGAGGCUUAAUGCCCGAUGUUUAUGGACGAAUUUUCGGAAGAUAUUUUCAGUUUUUAUUGGCUGACAAACUCAAACACUUUCUAUUACCAAUCUUGACUCGAGAUGAAAAUCCUCAAAUAUCCAUUCAAAAAUACUUUGCAGUGUCACUUCUUUCAGGAUCCCUCUCAGGUGCAACAAGCUUAGCAGUGACCUUUCCAUUAGCAGUCAUCUCAACACGAAUGCAAGCGAACCUGAUUCCUGUUAAGGAAACAGCCAUGAGCUUUGAAGGAACACUCUCUCCAAUUAUUCAUCGAGAUAAUUUCUCUGGAGUUUGGCCAGCAAUGAAAUCAUUAGUGAGGAGCGAAGGAUUUACAGGAUUAUUCCGUGGUUUUUGGACAGCGAUUCCAGGAUUAGCUCUUUACCGUGGAGUACAUUUUGCCAUGUUUGAUUAUGUAAGAAAUGCUGGAAUUGAGAAACAAUUGAAUUUAUUCCAAAUGAUGCUGUUGUCACAAUCGAUUGUACUCACGGCAGGAACUGUACAUUAUCCAUUUUUAGUGAUCUCCCGUAGGUUGCAAACACAAGCAGGAUUCCGUUUCAAUAAUAGCAAUACUGGACUCAUGAGUUCAUUCACAACUGAAGAACCUGUGUUUUAUAAAGGAGGAAUGGAUGCUCUCAAACAAAUUUGGAAGCAAGAGGGAAUCCGAGGAUUGUAUCGUGGAUAUACCUUCUACUUGGUGAAGAGCUAUUCGUUGGGAUUGUUAUUUGCUUUAAUGGGAGCUACAUCGAUCGUUCAUGGAGUUCAUUAA